CGGGAUCAGUGACUUCAUAUUCGCCAGUACUUGUCUUAAUUUGGGAGUGGAAACAAUUUUUACAGCUGUAUCUGUAUAAGAUUUAUUUUUGAAUUGAUAUAACGAAAACGGUGAUGUUCUAGCAGCUAUGGAUAGAUACAGGCAUAAAAACAUAAUCAUCGUCUUGUUUAUAUUAAUCACCGCUGAUUGCAAGACAACCAACAGCAAAUCGGAUGUUGAAAACACAACACACAACUGUCCCUUCACGAGAAUCAUCGAAGACAUUUUCAAUACUAAAAGAACGCCAUCAAAUGCACCGUACUGGAAGGAGAGAGACGCCGAGCUGUUCGUUAACGCGACAAGCUUCUUUGAAUCGAACCAAAAUAUAAGCAAAUCCAUUCAAGAGGAGCUAGUCAAUGACAUAAUAGCUUCUAUCAAACGAAUCAAAGCAAAUCUGUCAACAUCUGACGACAAUAAUAAGCUCAACGAAGCGAUAAUUAUAGCACCCGAACAUAACGAAGACAAUCAUCAUACGGACAAAAAAGUGACUCAAAUAAAGAGUGGUAUAGAGGACAAAACUGAUAUUCAAAUGUCCGAAUCAAAACAAAAUAAAGAACAAAGGAUCACGAAACAAACAGAGAAGCCUGACAGAAAUACCUUUGUUGAAGUAUUGACUAUAGAACCUAACAACACGAAGUCUAACACGUAUUCAAUUUUAGAUGUCCUAAAAAAUCUGAUGCCCAAACUGAACGCAUCGAUAUCGAAGGAUCUUCAGAGCAUCACCAUCAUAGAGAAAAAUCAAAAUAAAAACCUCUCCGUGUCCGAAACGAAAAACGUGUCGACAAUAGUUAUUAAGUACUGCGAUAAAGAUAACUUGACGGAGACCAUUAACACGGGGGACGAUGAAAACAAAGGCGACGUUAAAACAUUGAUUGGACAUGAUGAUAGUGAUGAUGAAGAGGAUUAUGGAGAAAUAGCCGAUGAUAAGAGCUAUAACAGAAGUCUCACAGAGAGCAGGAAAGAUAUAUUGGAAGCUGCGAAAUAUGGAAUGGAGAAAAUGCAUGAACUGUAUGGUGUGUUAGAGCCAAAACUCUAUUCUAUGGGUCUCGUAUUGGACGAAAAGGACCCAGCACGUUACGUGGCUGCCUUUAAUGCGCCAUCAGAGAACGCGGACAAUUACGCCAAGUAUGGAUACGCGUCUCUCCAGGCAUCGGCGAGGUUCAGGGAACUAGCCAGCGUUGACAGUGACGAUCUUGAGAGUCGAUCGGAAGAAAACCAGUUUCCUGAUGCGAGCUCCCUGCGCCAGUCCCCACUAGUUCAACAAUGUCCCCUUCGAGGCGCUCCCAAAUGUCCGCCAGCAUCCAAAAGAUAUCGCACUCACGAUGGUACUUGCAACAACCUGAGUCGGCCUCGCUGGGGUGCUACCAUGACCCCGGUACAACGGUUCCUUCCACCAGUUUACUCCGAUGGUAUUCAAGCACCAAGGAAAUCAAUUUUCGGCUCUACCUUACCUUCAGCCAGAGAAAUCAGCGCGCUGGUACACGAGGACAAGGAUUCUGAAAAUUCUGGAAUAACGCAUUUGCUCAUGCAGUGGGGUCAAUUUCUGGACCACGACAUAACGUCUUCCUCCCAGUCCCGAGGGUUCAACGGUUCAGUGCCGCGGUGCUGCAAGGACGGAGGAAGAGACUUCAUACCUCAAGAGUUCAUGCACCCGGAAUGUCUUCCGAUCGCCGUCCCACCCUCGGAUCCCUUCUACGGUCCCCGCGGGGUUCGUUGCCUGGACUUCGUUCGAUCGUCUCCGGCGCCGCGGGAGGACUGCGCCCUCGGCUGGAGGGAACAGUUCAACCACGUGUCCUCGUACAUCGACGGAUCACCACUUUACGCCAGCUCCGCGAGACAGUCGGACAGGUUGAGACUGUUCAGGAAUGGUAUGCUGCAGUAUGGGCGGGUGCAGCAGCGCCGUCCUCUGCUGCCGGCUGAACGUGAUGAGUUGUGCCGCGGGGGCGCUCUAUCCACGGACUGCUUCAAGUCGGGGGACGCGCGGGUCAAUGAACACCCCGGUCUCGUCGCCAAACACAUCGUCUGGCUCAGACAACAUAACCGAAUGGCCCAGGAACUGGCGCACCUUAACCCUCACUGGAGCGAUGAAAAAAUUUAUCAAGAAACUCGAAAAAUAGUGGGAGCUAUGAUACAACACAUUACUUACAGGGAAUUCCUACCGAUCGUUUUGGGUCCUGAAGUGAUGCGUCUUUUUGAGCUGGAGCUUCUUCCGAAGGGCUAUUUCAAGGGCUACAGCGCCAAGACCAAUCCGAACCCAGCCAGUUCUUUCGGUACAGCCGCUUUCCGCUUCGGACACAGUCUGGUUCAGUCCUCGAUGAUGCGCUUUGAUAAGUUCCACAGACCGAUCAAUAACAACGUUUCCCUCCACGCGGAGCUUACAAACCCGUCCAACAUUUGGAGCGUGGGUGCCGUGGACCGGCUGCUGCUGGGGAUGCUGAACCAGCACAUACAGAAGAGGGACGAAUUCAUUACGGAAGAACUCACCAACCACUUGUUUCAAACCAAUCACUUCAACUUUGGGAUGGAUCUGGCUGCUAUUAACAUCCAGCGAGGAAGAGACCACGGGGUGCCGCCGUAUACCGCGUGGAGGGAGCCCUGCGGACUGACGCCCAUCACGGACUUCGAUGACUUAGUGAGGGUGAUGCCGGCACGGGUCGUGAGGAAGUUGAAGGUGUUAUACAGACACGUGGAUGACCUGGACCUCUUCACGGGCGGCGUGUCCGAGCGCCCCGUGGCAGGCGCCCUCGUGGGGCCGGUGUUUGCAUGCAUCAUAGCUCAACAGUUCGCAAACUUACGGAAAGGGGAUCGCUUCUGGUACGAAAAUGGUGGAUUCGAUUCAUCUUUCACUCCGGCUCAAUUGCAACAGAUAAGACGAAUAUCUCUGUCACAGGUCCUUUGUAGUACUCUGGACUCAAUAGAUAACAUACAACCUUUCGCUUUCCUCUCACAUGAAAAUCCAAAAAAUGACAGGAUAUCAUGCCGUAAUGGCUUACUUAACAAUUUUGACCUAUCCGCUUGGAUCGAAUUACAUUCAGACUCAAAUAAUAUUAAGAAAUCUGACGAAAAUCAACAGAGUUCUAAGACAAAAACCAAGCGAACAACCGUGAGACCGACCACGACAACAAAACAUUCCCAAAAACUAUCUCAAACUUUGACUCAACAAAAAUCUGAAAAAUUUAGACUUAAUAAUAUGACAGAGACCGAUGACACUGAUAAAGACAAAGACAAAAACGCAGACGAAGAACCGACUGCGAUCAAACCUAACGCUACAGUAGUUAUAGACGAUAAACUAGACUUUAGAAACAAAUCACGACGCUUUACCGACUUCGACGACGAAAGAAACCCCCCGACUAGACAAUACAAUGACUAUUAUGAUGACGUACAAAGCGUACAAUCAGUUGUUAUCAACAACAUACCAAAUAACAGACCAAACAGACGACCUUACAUAUCCGUUACUGAGAAUAUUGCUGACAAAUACACGUAUCUUAUUAACUAUGUUCCCCGACCGACUCACUCCUGGCGGCAGACCACUAGACGUUCUCACGAUCGUGACGUUGUUAAAGUCACAUAUCAGACUUACGAAGACACUUACGGCCGUCCAAACAGACCUUACUUCAACAGAGACGAACUUGACAAUGACUUUGAAUCGCGGCAACAGAAGCCUGUGACGGAAAGCUUCCAGUCAUCAGCCAGAUCGAUUGACAACGAAGCACCGACUCCACAGUUGAAGUUAUCAACUGAGAGCUCAGUGCAGACUGAAAAAAACAGACCAAUCGAUACACAGACAGACAAAACUGACUCAACAACAGAAAAUUUGUACAAACUUUUAACUUUUGGUUAUGUAGGAACUUAUAAACGAGACAAGAUUGUAAAUGAUGACACUAAAGACUCGAAAGACAAUACGAACAAACAUGACUCUGGCGACCAUAACGUCAGUUUAGACUUCUCGACCGUAGUAAACAAUGAGACGGACGAUGAUGACAAACAAAACGUAAAACUUUCAACUUUCAUAGUUUACGAUACAGCCACUAAACCUUACCUGACCAGCUCACAGAGACCGACGAGACGUAACGAUGACGAGACCACGGAAAAGAAAGACAAAUAUUAUUUCAUUCAAAACGUCUUACAUAAAUACUCUGAAACAAAGAGCGACGACCUCAAGAAAACGAGCAGCGGAAAAGAUAAAACCAACACUGACCAAUACAUAGGAAUCGAGGAGAGGUUAGGCAACGACAGCUUGGACGAUGACGAGAGACCAAUGAAUGUGAGAGCGAAGAUAAAAUCAAGAAAACCAUCGAGUUCAGCGAAAACUCCAUCGGUCGCUUUUCAAAUUAUUCCAAGCGAAAACAAUCCAUCACAAUGGGCGGUUUAUGAGGAGAAAGAAGAUCUUUCGGGGCAAAUACCACAGAUGCCAAGCAUUAAGAUCGACCCACACGCUCUACGGGAAGUGCCAAGACCUAUGAAUUUCGGUUUUAGAAAACGACACGGAUAAUCAAACAUAAUAGAAAAAAGACAACUUUAUGAACAGAAAUACUUCAAUAUGUAAUGUGCAUUUAAAAUUGGUGUAAUUAAAUAAGUUUUCUAUUUGUUCUAAAAAAAAACAAAUACAUGUGAAUAAAGAUGAUAUAGGUAUUACUCGAAAAUAGGUCUAGCUGACGUGAUAUUGUACUUAUAAAAACUUACAAUGACUGGAUUUUACAUAGAGAGACAAAACUUUUACAAAUGACUAGAAAGAUGACUGACAUGACUUUUAGACAUUAAUUUUUAAUGCAAAAACUUAAAAUAAUUUAUUGGACUUGGACUUUUUCAAUUAAUUUAUUGGACAAAUACUAUAGAAAAGUAAAUAACAAAUGAUUGUAAAUUUGACGGAAAACUGUAUUUGGCCCAUAUUAUGUUGAAAAUAUGUUUCCUAUGACAAAUAUUUUUACGUUCUGACCAACCUUGACCAAAUGACAUAUCAAAUUGACACUGACUUCGACUUGACGAUAAGUUUCUUAUUUGAAAUAAAAUACUUGACGUAACUUUAUACUGUAUACAAAGAAAUGAGGCCCUAGAAGUACUUACUAUACUUAAUUUGUCAGAUUCCAAUAGUAUUAUUUGUGUUUUUAAGAAGUGAUUAUAACUGACUUGACUUAAACAAAAUUUGGACUCUAAACUGACUAUACUAUACUUAUGCCGCCAGCGUUAGAACUGACUCAUUAACUCUUUAAUUAUGAUCAUAAUUGAAUGAAUGAAAACAUGUCGUCAAAAGCAAACUAUACUUUACUCGUCUUCUCAUAAGAUAUAUUUUAGGAAAUUCUAAAUAGAGGUAAACCACCGACUUUGUGUUAAUAAAACGUAGCAAUAAUACAAUUUUUUUGUCAUGAAUAUUGUAUUUAAGUACUUUGUAUAAGUCAUGGGACAUCCAUGGUAACUAAUUCUUUUAUAAAAUGGGAAAAUCUUGUUAUUCUACUGAAUUCUAUUUAUUGAUAUUAAAAAAAAUAGAAUAUAAUACAUAUUUUGAAUAAAA